CUGCCUAUAUGAGCUGUUGUCGCAUUGUCCAAUCAAAAAGCUGUGUGGAGCGCGCGCUGUCACUAGUCCAACGCUUUAGUCGGUGUCAAAUGGCUUCAACAUGGCAAAGCGUUCAGUCCAUGCGCCAGUGGAUUUUAGAGAAUGGAGAUAAAAGGACAGACCCAUGGCUACUGGUCUACUCCCCCAUGCCAGUGGCCAUUAUAUUCCUCCUCUAUCUUGGUGUGGUCUGGGCUGGGCCCAAGCUGAUGAAACGCAGGGAACCAGUUGAUCUCAAGGCUGUACUCAUUGUCUACAACUUCGCCAUGGUCUGCCUCUCUGUCUACAUGUUCCACGAGUUCUUGGUCACGUCCUUGCUGUCUAACUACAGUUACCUGUGUCAACCUGUGGAUUACAGCACUAGUCCACUGGCGAUGAGGAUGGCCAAAGUAUGCUGGUGGUUUUUCUUCUCCAAGGUCAUAGAAUUGGCUGACACGGUGUUCUUCAUCCUGAGGAAGAAGAACAGUCAGCUGACUUUCCUGCAUGUCUAUCACCAUGGCACCAUGAUCUUCAACUGGUGGGCAGGGGUCAAGUAUCUGGCUGGAGGCCAAUCGUUCUUCAUCGGCCUGCUCAAUACCUUUGUGCACAUCGUGAUGUACUCUUACUACGGACUGGCUGCCCUGGGGCCUCACACGCAGAAGUACUUAUGGUGGAAGCGCUAUCUGACCUCACUGCAGCUGCUCCAGUUUGUCCUGUUGACCACUCACACUGGCUACAACCUCUUCACUGAGUGUGACUUCCCAGACUCCAUGAAUGCUGUGGUGUUUGCCUACUGUGUCAGUCUCAUUGCUCUCUUCAGCAACUUCUACUAUCAGAGCUACCUCAACAGGAAGAGCAAGAAGACAUAAAGGCUAUGGACAAUCACGCACUCACUGUGUCGUGCUGUACCUGAAUUAAAUUCACUGUCAAAUGUAAAACAUUUUUAAUACAGUA